AUGUUUCUCAAGAGGCAUAUUGACCCUAACUUACGAUGGGGAUACCACCACUUGAAAACACCAAAGGAAUUAUGGGAUGCUCUCGAAAGUCGUUUCGGGAAUAUUCACGACUCUUUACUUCCACAACUGCAAGUCCAGUGGAAUGAAAUCCGUUUCCUGGAUUAUAUCAAAGUGAAUGAUUUUCAAAAGGACAUGAUGCAACUACAAACACGUCUUGAUUUUUGUGGCACCAAACUAACUGAUGCUGAAAUGAUCCAAAAGACAUUGUCAACUUUCCAUACAUCUUCAAUGAUAUUAGCGAACCACUAUCGAUUGGAGGUGGAUAACAAAAGGAUAACUACUUUUAGUAAGUUGAUUAACUUACUUCAAGUCGCCGAAAGGCAUAGAGAAAUCCUUGUCAACAACAAUGUCAGAGAUGUGGGCAAAAAGAAAGUUCACGAAGCAAAUUAUGGCAUAGUUAACAGAGGAAAGAACCCCAAAAGUAAGAGGGGUGGACAUGCUGAUCAUUCACAUUCCCAUGAUUCACAUUCCCGUGCUCUAUACGCACGUGGAGAAGGCAACACACGUGGAAGAGGAAACAAGGGACCCAACAGAGGUCACGGGCGUGGCCAAGGGCGUGGUGGUAAUUCAAAUGUUUGGAACAGAGAUGUACCUUCUGUCCCAAGUGGUGGAAACUCCAAGGCCGAGAAAGCUCCAAGAAAUCCCCCUAUCAAAAAUGACGAAGUUGGAAACGGGCUUUGUUAUAGGUGUGGAUCCAUUGCACAUUGGUACCAUCAAUGCAAGGCUAGUAACAAAGUUUCAUACAUCUACAAGAAGUAUCGAGAGUCUGUGGAAUAA